CUACCUUCUUCUAGCAGUGACAUACUCUAGACAGUGAAGAGUUUUAAAUGGCUUCCAAGGUUGUUGCAACCACUGCUCUUCUCCUUUCUCUCAACCUUCUCUUUUUCACUUUGGUCAGUUCAGCUUCUGCCCCUUGCCCACCAAAGCCAAAGACUCCUAAAACCCAACCAAAGAACCCUCCAGCCACGAGGCCACCAUCUACAAUCCCACCAACUAAUACACCCUCUUGCCCGAGGGAUGCCCUAAAGCUAGGGGUAUGUGCCAACUUAUUGAAUGACUUGGUUCACCUCGUUGUUGGUACCUCACCAAAGUCCCCUUGCUGCCCUCUCAUCCAGGGUCUUGCUGAUCUCGAAGCUGCUGUUUGCCUUUGCACUGCCAUUAAAGCUAACGUUUUGGGAAUUAACCUCAAUGUCCCAAUCUCCUUGAGAUUGCUCUUGAACUACUGUGGUAAAAAUGUCCCUAGAGGAUUUCAAUGCGCCUAAUUAUGCAUAUCAUCUCAUCGCUUUUCUCCAUUCCAUGAUUAUUUUUUUGCUGCUAAAGCUUUCA